UCUUGAAUUUAGUAUUGUGCCAGUCGGGGGGGCGGUGACAUAUUUUUACCCGUCAUCGUCGUAAUUUUGUGAAUUUGUUGGAAAAACGCGAAAAUAAGUGUCGUUACAUCGUGUAAAUAGUUUAUGUCAGGACUGAACGUGAGGAUGGCGGGUCAGACUAUAAACGAUAGGCUUUUGGCCGCCCGCCACAGCAUCGCCGGGCAGGGUUUAGCCAAAUCCGUUUGCAAAGCUACUACCGAAGAAAUGAUAGCACCCAAAAAGAAACAUUUAGAUUAUCUAGUCCACUGCACAAACGAGCCCAACGUGUCGAUACCACAGCUCGCCAACUUGCUGGUAGAGCGUACACAGAACACCAAUUGGGUGGUGGUGUAUAAAGCUCUAAUAACUGUACAUCAUCUACUAGCAUAUGGGAAUGAGAGGUUCACACAAUAUCUAGCAUCGAGUAAUUCAACAUUUCAACUUAGCAAUUUUCUAGACAAAAGCGGUGUACAAGGCGCGGCCGGUGCCCGGAUUGGAUAUGACAUGUCCCCGUUCAUCCGGCGGUACGCCAAGUACCUCAAUGAGAAGGCGCUGUCCUACAGGACCGUGGCUUUUGACUUCUGCAAGGUUAAAAGGGGUAAGGAAGAAGGCUCCCUCCGCAUGAUGAACGCGGAGAAGCUGCUGAAGACGCUGCCGGUGCUGCAGGCGCAGCUGGACGGCCUGCUGGAGUUCGACUGCACGGCCAACGACCUCACCAACGGAGUCAUCAACAUGUGCUUCAUGUUGCUCUUCAGAGAUCUCAUCAGAUUGUUCGCGUGCUACAAUGACGGCAUCAUCAACUUGCUGGAGAAGUACUUCGACAUGAACAAGAAGAACUGCCGCGAGGCUCUCGACCUCUAUAAGAAAUUCCUCAUCAGGAUGGAUAGGGUCGGAGAGUUCUUGAAGGUGGCAGAGAACGUGGGUAUAGACAAGGGUGACAUCCCCGACCUGACCAAAGCCCCCAGCAGUCUCCUGGACGCCCUGGAGGGACACUUGGCCUCCCUUGAAGGCAAGAAGGGCUCCGCUGCCAAUACUCCCACACAAACCGCUAGCGCCCAAAAGAACGUGGCGAGCGUGAUGGGCGCUCUAUCCUCCACAUCAUCGUCGUUCGGUAACGCGGCCGCGUCCACCCGCCUGGACAACCAGCCCAACGGGGCCUCGCCACUCUUCAUAGACGACACCCUCAAACAACAGGCCCUGGCUGAGGAGGAGGCCGCUAUGAACCAGUACAAGGGCAUACGAGCGUGGACCACUAAAGGAAUAUUAGCUAGGUGUAACUUCCAAUUUGCAAAUAAGGUGCAGUCUCCGACGAACGCGGCUAACAACCCGUUCCUAUCGUCUGCGCCUAGUCAGACACAGUCCAUAGUGGACUUGUUCGGCCCUGCUCCGGCUGAUACUACCAGUACUACUAGCAAAGCUUCUGAUGAUCUGCUGUCUCUUGGAAACCCGUUCGCUGAUAAUAUGUUUGGAGCGGCGCCGGUGACGAGCACGCCGAUGUGGCCCCAACAACAACAACAACAACAGCCGAGCAACGGCUUCGCGGCCUUCCCGCCUCAGCAACAGAACAACUCCUUUGUGUCCGAGGCUAACUUCUCUAACGUUUUCGAUAACACUGAUUCCGCAGCUGCCGCGGCUAAUCCGUUCAUGGGUAUGGGAGACCUCACCCAACCAAUCUCCGCGUCACCCGCCCGUCCCCCUCCCCCCACCAUUCCCCCACAGCCCAAAUCAGCGUUCGACGACCUUGAAGACGUGAUGCGCAUGUCUCUGGGUGGAUCCCCGGCUAAGUCUCAGCAGCCAAUCACACAACAGCCGCAACCAAUGGCGGCGCAGCCUUUCAGUGACGUCAUGUCAAUGCCGAUGGCUCAACCAAUGAUGUUCGGCUCGCCCGCCCGACAGCCCAUGAUGCCGAUGGGAGCGACCGGUCAGCAACCACAGCAGCAACAAGGCAAGGUGUUGACUGGUGACUUGGACUCCUCACUCGCCCAGUUGGCCAAUAACCUCACCAUCAACAAGACAGCCACAGCACAAAAACCGAUGCAGUGGAAUUCGCCGAAGAACGCGUCGAAACCUGGCCAGACGUGGACGCCACAGCCCAUGCAGGCGACCACCGGCGCCGGUUACCGACCAAUGGGCCCAGGCAUGACACUCCCACCAAUGCCCCAUACUAUGCCUCAUGCAUAUCACCCCCCGCAUUAUAUUAUGCAACAGCCAGGCAUGGUAAUGGGCAUGCAAGGAGCGCCAAUGAUGCCGAUGGGCAUGGCUCAACCGAUGCGACCCGCCGUGCCACCGCAGCCUACCACCAACCAGUUCAGUUAAGCACCACCUUUAUUACUUGAAGGUUUACGUUUAUAACAAAACCCGACUGCUCAUUGCACUCCACGUUAAACCACAGGACACCGCUACACACAUAGCGAUCCUAUAGUAUAAGAAGAUGCCAGUCUAAUAUACACUCUUAUAGAUUCGAUGUAAUAGCAAAAAGUAUUCGUCUAAUUAGUCAAAUUUAUCCAAGUAUAGUUUUAUUAUUGUAAUAGGUUAUUGGAAUUGAAAUUAUGGUAGUUUUGUUUUUUUGAGCUCAAUUUAUUUGAAUUUAUUUUAACGAAGAAAUUUAAUAAAUGUUCUAGUUUUUAAGUCUUGUUACUCAAGCUAAUAUAAUAAUUAUACAUUUUAUUUGUUAAUUACUUCUUUGUAUUUCUUUCUGUCUUCUUCUUUAAGCUUAAAAUGCUUGAUUAUUUCAAGUUGUUCGGUGCAUAGCAGUCGGGUUAUCUAUGUCAUGUCAGCUGACGUGUGAUCGGUAGGUUCUACCUUAUAAGUGCACCGUUUAGUUGCGAAUUUUGAACGGAACUUACGCCCUUAACAUACGUUCAUUAUGAGUUUAGGAUUGCCAGUCGAAAAAACUAGUUGUUUUCAAAGUUACCUGUAUUUAAUAGUUUGGUGGGAAAAACGAUUGAAUGGAAUUUUCUGAUACAGAAACUUGAAAUCAAAUUAAACACCAGUUAUUAUUAUUUAUCAUUUGUAUACUUAAUUAAUUUUGAAUUGAGACAAAAUUAUUGCAAUUUUUAUGAAUUAUAUUUUGUUAAAUCCAAACGUUUAAGAUUAUGAUGUCAUCAAUAUUUAGUUUUGAAUAGAAACUGAUAUGAUUAUGUAUAUUAAUUAAUUAUUAUUUCGAUGAUUUCUUAUGUUCUUUUUUAUUCAAUAAACUUUGCGUUAUUUGACUUAUGAAUCAUGAAAUGUCUUAUGAAAAAGGUGCGAAAGAUUAUUUUUUUUCUUCAAAAUUAUACACAUCACAUUCCAUACUUGUACAAAGUGAAAGAUAAUUUAUUAUGAGGUACUCGUUAACUUAGCUUAUUACCUACCUUUGGCAUAGUCAGUAUUUAUGAAUUGGAAUUGAAGUGAGUUCUAGUUUCUUUUUGUAAUAUUUCUUUCCAGUGUUGGGUUGAAAGCGUAAUGUUUACUUUCAGCAUCGGAUGCAUAAAUAAAGUUAAUGAAAUCAUAUAGUUAUACUGGGUAGACGUCACAUAGACACCCUUAAUAAUAUUAUUCUGUAACUUGAUCCAUAUAUUAUGUGUAUAAAAAUAAAUACUUGCAUAUUUAGUCAUAUAUUAAGCCUACGUGUUUUGGACAGAGUGUAAUUUUUACACCAAAUCCAUUGUUUGGGUAAAAAUACAAUUCAAAGUUCAACAAUACAUGUUUCCAUAUCCUCCAGUUAUGUAAAAACUGUAUUUGUCAUAUAGAAUAUUAUGUAUAGAGGGUUAUGCAUUAGAUUGUUAUAACAUUAGAUGUUACGGGUGUAUAUUAUAAAUGUAUGGCUGUUGUGAAUAUAUGAACUAGGUGCUUGCUAUAUUAGAGGCCCCAUUGCACGAUCCAUUGGAAACGCAAAAUUUUCACUUGUAUGGAAAAAUAUCUAAAAAUCUAAAGGUCAUGUUAAUGGGACCCAAAAUUCGCCACGGACAAUCGUUUAACGCUCCAAAUCGAAACUCGUUCUGGUGCGCUAAAAAUUGUAAUUUCAUGGUUACGCAAAAUUAUGGACUUAAAAAUCUAAUUGGAUAUUGCCAAAUAUAUCGGAACGUAAGUCUACGCCCUAUCUUUAUAUAGUCUUAACAGUUAAUAGCAAUACUUUGUACAAAUGUAUUUAUUAAAGAAAAGAAAAACCGUUCGCUUCUUGUGAUAUUUCAUUUCUAAAGACUGCAAUCCAAUAUGUCGAAGUAUUAAAGUAUGCUUUAUUUUUAUGAAUGUUUUCUUAAAUCCAUCGUUUGGACAAAGUAUUGUGUAAACGUUGCCAUCGUUAACUCGUUCAUAAUAAAAUUACAAAUAAUACGAAACACCCGUGGUUUUCGUAUGGCAACACUGUCAAUGUUGCUGCACUAUAAUCAGUGUUACUUAUAAAAUAUAUAUUCACAGGUACAUGUAGAUGUAUAAACAUGAUAAUUAUGUAUUUAGAAUAUACGCAAAAUGUAAUGUUUGAAUAGCUCAGCCGUGUGAUUCAAUGGUGUAUGUAAAUAUAGGUGUUGCAUAGUACACAGUGCUAAUUUAAACCCUUUACGUUACUUCAGCUAGCUUUCCUCAAAGGCUAGUGACCGUCUAUAUUGUGUUACUCCGAAAUUGUUUGAUGUUCAGUUGUACUGCUGAAGUCAGGUGGUACAGCGCUUAUUGUAAGAAUGUCUUCAUCCCAGUUCACUUGCACCUGGUUUUGGUAGUAUUGCGCAGUCCGGGCUGGCUUUCUACGCGUGUUUAGUGAGCAACGAUAGUGCUAAAUGUUAGGCUAAUUUGAUUAUCCAAAUUAAUGAUAUAUGAUAUCAUUUGCAAUAUGUUUGAGAUCUGUGAAUUAUUUCAUCGCUUGAAAUGAUUGCUAAUAUUUUUGUGCAAUAUUUUUUCUUUUAAAAAUUUUAUUCAUGGCAACUCUGAUGUUAGUAUAGUCUGUUAAAUCGUUAAUGUGUAUUUCAAUAUAUAGGAAAAAUCAAAGGUUUGCUCUAGCACAUUAACAGCAGAGUGUUCAUAUAAUUUACAAGUAUUAUGAUUUGAAUAUAUUGACAAAGAAAGUCCAGUGGUUUGUAGAGAUGUUCAGUUGGCCAUACUUUACUUCUUAAAUGGAUGCUGUGAUGUCAGGUGGAUUCGACUGACUUAUUUGAAAUAGGCGGGAUUCGCUCUUAGUUAACACUUUAAGUUUCUUUUUAUAAGAGAAUACUAGUUAAAACCACACUUUUGAAUUAGUUAUAGUACUCAUAGCGGCCUUUAAAAUUUUUAAGUUGUAAAUUUUAUUCAUUUAUUUUUAUCAAUGUACCUACUGAGUUACGUUUUUUAUGUAAAUACCCCCUUCUAUGUUAUUUACUAGCUCUGUCUUUAGAUAUUCAAUUUAGUUUAUUUAUGAAAAGUAAUAAAUAAAUCAAUUAAUAUUAUGUUUUUUGUUUUUUAUUUUGUUUACCCCUUUGUUUUUUUUAACCCAAGGGUCCAGAUUGAGCCUAUCCAAAACAAAUGGAGAUAUAAGUUCAAAAAGUCGUAGAAUUUCCUUUAUAGUAGAAUAGAUCGGCUAUCAAUAGAUGGAGGAAUAUAUUUGUCUAUGUACUAGAAUACUGCGUGUCUGUUUACCUCUUAUUCCUAUGACAAUACAAUAAAUUAUGUAAUGGCCUGUAUGUAAGAGUUGGUCUGUCCUAGAGAGAUAUGCUUGAAGCUUUGUCACUGUCCGCAGUACACGCGCAUUCCUAGGACAGUCCAGUACAAUGGUGAACCUAGUCGUAUAUUCAAGAUCACAGUAUUAAAGUAGCACUUCAUAGGUGUCUAUCGGAAGUUAUGUAUAGCUGUUAAAAACAAUUAGCUCGGUAAUCUAUAAUCACUUUUUAAUUACUAAAUACAAUUUCCAAUUCUAUCACUCUGGUAAUUAGUGCGAAAAUUCUGUGUGCAAAUAAAAUAGUAAAUUAAAUCCAUGAUUCAAUAGUUUUGAUCAAUGUAUACGAAUGUAUUUAGUAAUUACAAAUGUGAGGGAAAAUAUAUUUUUGUUAGGAGUGAAGUGUUCUCUCUCGUACGAACAAUAAUUUAUUGUAACUUCUAAAGCUUUUGAAAGUUGUGUACUUAUCUUGUUGAAUCUCAAAUAGUGGGGCGAUUGAUCUAUCUAUAAACACAAUAAAUUAAUAAAAGUUA